AUGGACGGAGUCGGAACCCGCCCCAAAGCGUGCCUAACCUGUGCCAAGGCCAAAGUACGAUGUUUACCGGAAAUCAAUGGUCCCUGUAAACGUUGUCGUCGCUUGGGAAAAGAAUGUGGAAAUCAAUUACCUGGAGCCCAUCGUCGUGAAAAAAGACCAGAUGUUGCUGCACUCGAGGCUAAAUUUGACCGCAUGGUCGCCAUGCUGGCUACCUCGGAACCAAAUUCCACAGAACGGGUAGAAAGUGGUCCAGCGAGAUCAUCGUCUACCUUCGAAGAUAACACCGUUACUCCCGAUGAAACAGAAGGCCAGCUAUUGAUGGAAGUCUUCUCCAAGAAAAUGCUCCCUCUCUUUCCAUUUCUUAUGAUCCAAUCCAAUGUCACAGCAGAGGAACUGCGCCGAGAGAAACCAUUCCUCUAUCUGAAUAUUUCAAUGGUCGCGUGCCAAAACGCUCGACGUCAGCGAGAAAUCGUGGAUGUGGUCCAAGCGUAUGUGGCCGAGCAUAUUGUCAUAAGAGGAGAACAUAGCCUGGAUCUGCUUCAGGGGCUUCUUGUCAAUGUGGCCUGGUUCAUUUCAGUUAGUCGUUCCCCGCGACACACUUCGUGUGACCAAUUCCCCGAUGCGCCCAAGGUCGAUGAGCAUUGUAAUCACGUCGUUCGGAACACUGCCCAGCUUGAUACCUUUGUGCACUUACUCGUGGCACAAUCAUACAGUUUGGGCCUAAAUCAAGAGCUGGCUUAUCAGAAAAACUUGAAUUAUCCUUUGACUUAUUUGAAAGAAACCAUGAACGAGGACCAUCAGAAUCCUGUUCGCACGCUGGAAGAGCGACGCACAUAUCUUGGGUGUUAUUAUCUAACUACCAUGCUGUCGACAUGUGUGAAAGAUUUGGGCCCGAUUAUUCGCUUUACAAGAUACACGGAUGAAUGUUGCAAUGUACUAGAUCAUGUCGCAGAAUAUCCCUCCGAUUCCUAUCUCGUACAGCUAGUCCGAGUGAUGAACCUCGCAGAUAGGAUCCAUCACACACUAUACAACACCGAGCUCCAUUCUUUAUCAGUUUCAUCAGCGCCUCCACCUCUUGGACUAAGCAUACGAUGGCUUGAGGCUGAGCUUAAGCAACUGAAAGCUAGCAUGCCGAGCGAGUCACCACACUCUGCCAUUCUACAACUUCAUUACAACACACUUGAGAUACAUCUGUAUCGAAUAGCCCUUAAUAACGAACCCUCCAAAUCCAACUACGGCGAUCAUCCUCUAAUGCGAUUGGAUCUUCUUUUCCGCUGCCUGGAAGUGACAAACUCCUCUCUCCAAACCACCCACUCUCUCCCCUCAUCUCUUUUCCCAUUCUUCCCAUUCAGCAUCAUGUGUCAAUUCGGAAAGGCAAUCAUCACUCUCUCCCAGCUUUUGCUCUACGACCAUCCCGGAUGGGACCGAGCAUAUGUGGAAAGCAUAAUGGACUUCAAUCAGACCAUCGAUCGUAUAGCUUGCAAGCUCCAAGAAGAACUGCCAUCUUUCGAACGGGCCGCCAAAGACUCAAAGGCCACUGAAUUGCCAGAGAUAUUUGGAAGAAUGGCCAAUCGCGCGAAGAUGCUCAAGAAUAUGCAUCGGCGGAGAAAAGAGGCACUGGAACAAAAUUCCCCGCAAACGAAUGUGCCCCCGAUCGAUUUCGACUUCAUGAUGAAUUAUCCCCUCGAUUUUUUGUUUCCUUUUGGUGAAACUCCACCGGUCUAUGGGGAGUAUAGUUGA